GCAAGGAACAGUUUGGAAUCGAUCUAAAGUUUAACCAACCGUGACAUAACAAUGAAGAUCUUCAUCGCCCUGUUUGUCGCCACCCUGGCCGUUGCCGUCAAGGCAGGAUAUGUCCAAAGCAGUUGGCCAGUCAGCACCUACGGAUUCAAUUCGUGGAACGGUCUGAAUGCCUGGAAUGGCCUCAACUCCUGGGACGGUCUGAGCUCGUGGAACAACUGGAACGACCACGGAACCUCUGCCUACCCGUACGGAUACAACAAGUGGUCCUCGCCGGCUUGGCCAGCGGCUUCCCUGUACAACGGCUACAACGGAUACAACGGAUGGUACGGAGCCACCGGUAAGACCGUUGUCCAGGCCAACGUUGCCAAGGUCAACUCGUGGGGACUUCCGCUGACUUCGUACGGCUACGGAUACAACAACUACCUGGGAGCGGUUCCAGCGGCCAAGUACGUCGCCGCCAACCCCGGAUCGGUCCACGUUGCUCCGCUGGUCGGUCAUGCCAUCAACCAGAAGCUGAUUGUUGCUUAAUAAUUUUCGUCGCGGCCGUAUGAAAUAAAACCUAAUUUAGCAAAAA